GGAGCUGCGUCACGCGCCGCGCGCUCCCACGCAAGUAGUUUGUCUUUUUUUUUUUCUGAGUUGGUUGAAUUCUGAGGCUCGGCGCGCCGCCGUCUCCCGGACCUUCGUUUUUCUCCUGUUUUUGUUUUUUUCUUGAAGGAGAGGAAAUAGAAAAUGAGGGAAAGCGAUGGAGAGCCGAGCACGUCGCGGUGAGCGCGCCUGUGCUGCUCUGCGCGCGCCGCGGACGCUCCUCUGAACACGGUUCCUCCACUUUCAGCCGCUCCAAAGUUCCCCCGGCAGGAGGAAGAAGCCGUCUCUGGAAGUGCAGGAGCCUCUGAGGGCCUCCGUCCGCCCCCGUCCGCCCCCAUCCGCCCCGUGGUCAUGGUGAACAACCAGCCGGCGGGCUCGGCGCCGCGGCCGUGCGCCGGCUGCGGAGGGAAGAUCUCGGACCGCUUCCUGCUCUUCUCCAUGGAGCGCUACUGGCACACCCGCUGCCUCAAGUGCUCCUGCUGCCAGGCGCAGCUGGGAGACAUCGGCACCUCCUGCUACAGCAAGGGGGGCAUGAUCCUGUGCAGGAGCGACUACAUCAGACUGUUCGGACACAGUGGAGCGUGCAGCGCCUGUGGACAAUCCAUCCCCGCCAAUGAGAUGGUGAUGAGAGCGCAGGGCAACGUCUACCACCUCAAGUGCUUCAGCUGCGCCACCUGUCGGAACAGACUCAUGCCCGGCGACCGCUUCCACUACGUCAACGGAACCAUCUUCUGCGAGCACGACAGGCCCGGCGCUGCCUUGCUCAGCAGCCACCUGCCGCCGCUGCAGAGCAGCGCCGUGCUGACGGACCAGAAGGUUUGCUGAGUCCAGAUCAGCCCUCCUCCUCCUCCUCCUCCUCCUCCUCCUGCUCCGUCACCGUUGUUGUUGUGGACUUCCAUCAGCGCUUCCCCCUCCUCCGCCGUAUCAAACAUCCAGAGUCCCGUUAAUGUGGUGUUCCAUGUUCAGCCGUGAGUUCAGAGACUUGAGUGAUGCAGCCGAGGACGAGCGACUGGACGCCUCCUCCAGGACUGACACUGACUGGACUGACCUGCUGCGCCGCCGCCGCCGCCGCCGCACAGCGUCAGUCAAUCCCCCCGACUCUUCUCUGUGUGUGUUCCCCCAAUCCGGAGAGCCGCCCCCCCCGAUCCACAGCGCCCCCCUCACUCUCACAGAACCCGUCAGAACCAUGAAAUUGCCCUGUGGCUUCGCAACUCUGCUUCAGAGUCAGACGUCUGGUUCUGGUUCACUGAGGCCUCGUCGACAAGACACCUUCAAGUGAAAACGCCAAACUUUUUUAUUGUUCUGGAUGUCUGUUUCCACGACGAUGAUGCUGAAGGAAAACGCAGCUUUUCUGAAACGCUGGUCCUGGUCCUGCUCCUGGUCCUGGUUCUGGUCCCGGUCCUGGUCCUGGCAGUUUUAGAGUUGUGAGUCACCGUAACAACAAUCCAGCUUGGUGUUCCGUCCAUAUGAUUGUCUGUCUUCUCCGUUCUUAAUGUGGUUUCAUUACAACACACAGUCGUUUUCAGAAUGUUGCCAUGUAAACGUGAAACUUCUCAGAAACAAAAACGUACAAAUGGUGGUUUUUCACUUGCAGCAUCAUGUAAACGGGGCCUUGGUCCUGGUGGGGUCUGUGGGUGGCGUCCCUCUCGGGGGUCUCAUGCCUCAGUUUGGGAUUCACUGAUCCACAGUUCUCGGUUUGAUCGGAGACUCCAGAUCCUCUGAAACAUUGGAGUGAAGCCACGCCCUCUGCCGGUGUUCCAGGUCUGUUUUUGAUUCUACGUAUGUUUUAGAGAAGGCAGAGCCUCGGCCCCCCCACCCCGGCCUCCCAGCGACUCCCGGACCACAUGUUGCGAACCACCGAUCCAGAGCAGGUCAAAUGGGUUCAUAAGUAAAGAUUCUCCUCAGAACGUCCAGUGAUCGUACAGAUGUUUCGUUUUUCUAAAGACGGGAAACCUUGUUUUUGUUUUUCUUCUGUACAGUUUUAUUUCUUUAUGUUUGUGGAGAUUUAGGAAAAAAAGAAAGUUGUAUGGGGUUGAAAACAAAAAUCCUAUUAAACCAAUUUUCCUGUGAAGUGUCA